CGCGAUGGGAAAAGUUGGCGCCGGCGGCGGCUCCCCAGCCAGGCUGAGCGCGCUCCUCGCCGGCGCGGGGCUCUUGGUCCUGUGCGCCCCGGGCGCCUGCAGCGGCGGCUCUUGCUGUCCCCAGCCGCACGCUGGCUCCUCUCCGCACUGGGCCCCGACCCUAAGGAGCUCUAGUUACCAGGGGCCGCGAGGCAGGGCGCCUGCCAUGCCCGUACCCUUCCUUGGGGGCCCCCUGUUCACAGUGGCCCCCGGGGACAGAGCGCUUGCCCUGGAGCGAGCCCGGGGCACCGGCUUGUCCGUGGAGGGUGCUACGCGCUCGGGCCGGAGGAGACGGAGUGGAGCGGACCCGGAGAAGGCUGAACGCCGAGAAGGCGCGAAUAGGAGUCCUCGAGGAGUGCUAAGGGACGGCGGGCAGCAGGAGCCUGGGACUCAGGAGCGGGAUCUGGACAAAGCCACCCGCUUCCGGAUGGAGGAGCUGAGACUGACCAGCACCACGUUUGCGCUGACAGGCGACUCAGCACACAACCAAGCCAUGGUCCACUGGUCUGGCCACAACAGCAGCGUGAUUCUCAUUUUGACAAAGCUCUACGACUAUAACCUGGGGAGCAUCACUGAGAGCUCGCUUUGGAGGUCAACUGAUUAUGGGACAACCUAUGAGAAACUGAAUGAUAAAGUUGGGCUGAAGACAAUUCUGAGCUAUCUGUAUGUGUGUCCUACCAACAAGCAGAAGAUUAUGUUACUCACAGAUCCGGAGAUUGAGAGCAGUUUACUGAUCAGCUCAGACGAAGGAGCAACCUAUCAAAAGUACCGGCUGAACUUCUAUAUUCAGAGCUUGCUUUUCCACCCCAAGCAAGAGGACUGGAUUCUGGCCUACAGUCAAGACCAAAAGUUAUACAGCUCUGCUGAAUUUGGGAGGAGGUGGCAGCUUAUCCAGGAAGGGGUCGUACCAAACAGGUUUUACUGGUCUGUGAUGGGGUCGAACAAGGAACCAGACCUUGUGCAUCUCGAGGCCAGAACUGUGGAUGGCCAUUCCCAAUACCUAACUUGCCGAAUGCAGAAUUGCACAGAGGCUAACAGAAAUAAACCUUUCCCGGGCUACAUUGACCCAGACUCUUUGAUUGUCCAGGAUGAUUACGUGUUUGUUCAGCUGACAUCAGGAGGACGGCCACAUUACUACGUGUCCUACCGAAGGAAUGCGUUUGCCCACAUGAAGCUGCCCAAAUACGCUUUGCCCAAGGACAUGCAUGUCAUCAGCACCGAUGAGAAUCAGGUAUUUGCAGCUGUCCAAGAAUGGAACCAGAAUGACACAUACAACCUCUAUAUCUCAGAUACCCAUGGUGUCUACUUCACCCUGGCUUUGGAAAAUGUCCAGAGCAGCAGAGGCCCUGAGGGCAACGUCAUGAUAGAUCUUUAUGAGGUAGCAGGCAUAAAGGGAAUGUUCUUGGCUAACAAGAAGAUUGACAACCAAGUGAAGACUUUCAUCACGUAUAACAAAGGCAGAGACUGGCGGUUGCUGCAGGCGCCGGACACAGAUCUAAGAGGAGACCCCGUGCACUGCUUGCUGCCCUACUGCUCACUACACCUUCACCUGAAAGUCUCUGAGAAUCCCUACACAUCAGGGAUCAUUGCGAGUCGAGACACAGCUCCGAGCAUCAUAGUGGCUUCAGGUAACAUAGGCUCUGAAUUGUCAGACAGUGACAUCAGCAUGUUUGUCUCUUCCGAUGCGGGAAACACUUGGAGGCAGAUAUUUGAAGAAGAGCACAGUGUUUUGUACCUAGAUCAAGGUGGAGUCCUGGUUGCUAUGAAACACACUUCUCUCCCCAUUCGACAUCUCUGGUUGAGUUUUGAUGAAGGGAGAUCUUGGAGCAAAUACAGUUUCACAUCUAUUCCACUUUUUGUGGAUGGGGUUCUGGGUGAGCCUGGGGAAGAGACUCUAAUCAUGACAGUGUUUGGACACUUCAGCCAUCGCUCUGAAUGGCAGCUGGUCAAAGUGGACUACAAGUCCAUUUUUGAUAGACGGUGUGCCGAGGAGGACUACAGACCCUGGCAGCUGCAUAGCCAGGGGGAGGCAUGCAUCAUGGGAGCAAAAAGGAUAUAUAAGAAGCGGAAAUCAGAGCGGAAAUGUAUGCAAGGAAAAUAUGCAGGAGCUAUGGAAUCUGAACCCUGUGUCUGCACAGAGGCCGAUUUUGACUGCGACUAUGGUUAUGAGCGACACAGCAAUGGUCAGUGCCUGCCAGCAUUUUGGUUCAAUCCAUCUUCCCUAUCAAAGGAUUGCAGCUUGGGGCAGAGUUACCUCAACAGUACUGGGUAUAGGAAGGUGGUCUCCAAUAACUGCACUGAUGGUGUAAGGGAACAGUACACUGCCAAACCCCAGAAGUGUCCAGGGAAGGCCCCACGGGGGCUCCGGAUUGUCACCGCUGAUGGAAAGCUGACUGCUGAACAAGGGCACAAUGUUACUCUCAUGGUGCAACUGGAGGAGGGUGAUGUUCAGAGGACACUUAUCCAAGUGGAUUUUGGUGAUGGCAUUGCAGUGUCUUAUGUCAACCUCAGCUCCAUGGAAGAUGGGAUCAAACACGUCUAUCAGAACGUGGGCAUUUUCCGAGUGACCGUGCAGGUGGACAACAGUCUGGGGUCUGACAGCGCCGUCCUGUACUUACAUGUAACUUGUCCCCUGGAGCAUGUGCACCUGUCUCUUCCCUUUGUCACCACAAAGAACAAAGAGGUCAAUGCAACUGCAGUGCUGUGGCCCAGCCAAGUGGGCACCCUCACUUAUGUGUGGUGGAAAGGAAACAAUACGGAGCCCUUGAUCACGUUGGAGGGAAGCAUAUCAGUUAAGUUUCUUUCUGAAGGGAUGAACACCAUCACAGUGCAGGUCUCAGCUGGGAAUGCCAUCCUGCAGGACACGAAGACCAUUGCAGUGUAUGGUGAGUGCUCCUCCUUGCUGAUCCAUCAGCACUCUUGUGCUCAGAUGAGGUUGUCCAGUACCAGGGUGCUGGAGGCCAUCCAGCCUGUAACCUUUAUGAGAAAAUACAAGGCCACAGGGGUCCCAGGCCAGAGCAUCUUGGUUGCAGUGCUUCCUGGUCUUCCCACUGCUGCCGAGCUCUUUGUCUUACCCUAUCAGGACCCGACAGGAGAGAGCAGAAGGUUGGCCGAAGACCUGGAGCAGAUAUCAGAGCUGCUGAUCCACAAGCUCAACCAAAACUCAGUGCACUUUGAGUUGAAGCCUGGCGUCCAAGUCCUUGUCCACGCAGCUCACUUAACAGCAGCCCCGCUGGUGGACCUCACUCCAACCCACAGUGGCUCAGCCAUGCUGAUGCUGCUCUCGGUGGUGUUUGUGGGGCUGGCAGUGUUCGUCAUCUACAAGUUCAAAAGGAAGAUCCCGGGCAUUAAUGUUUAUGCCCAGAUGCAGAAUGAGAAAGAACAAGAGAUGAUCAGUCCAGUCAGUCACACUGAAAGCAGGCCCAAUACCCCUCAGACUGAACUAAGGAGGCCUGGCCAGCUCUUAGAUGAGAAGGUGGAAUCCCAGCUCAUAGGAAGUAUUUCCAUAGUUGCUGAGAAUCAAAGCACAAAAGAAAUCCCUACCUAUGUAAAUGUUUGAAUGGAGGACGCCAGUAAAAAAUAAAAAAUAAAAAAAAUUUUAACAAAAACAAUCAAAAUCCAAAAACAAACAAACACUCACUGCAUCGGGACUUUUUAAUUCUUCAGACACAGACAACAAGGGUUUUUAGCUUUAAGCCUGUGCAUGUGGACAAUAACUUGGGAACAUGUUCAGAGGGGCAGUGUACAGGUGCUCUAUUUUAAUGGAAAACACUCCCCUCGCCCUUUCUUCUUCUCUCUCCUUUUUUCUGAUCGGUCGUGUUUGUAGAAAAUUCAUAACAUAUAUAGGCCAAGGAAAUCUGCAUGUAUUUUUGGAAGUAUUCUUGGCUGUAGAUUGAACAGCUAUUUUAGCACUAUCGGCUGAUGGGUGGAUUAGCCACCCAGCCCAUUUCAUAAGACACAAAGACAUGCACAGGAGUUUGAAACCCUGAGCUGUUUCUCUGGUCCAGUUUCCUUAUUGCCAUUUCCCUUCUAAGUUGACUUGG